AUGUCGGACUCAAAAGCCCCGUCAUUUUCCCUGAAGCCGGUCGUCGAAGAAGACAUUCCAGCUUUGACCGUAAUGUCCGGCCUCAACUUCGAGGAAGACAGACAUACGCAACUCAAAGCCGCCCAUCCCACGAAGCCAUAUGACCAUGCGGGCGGAACCCCCGACUCCAUCAGACACUGGCUCAGUCUGCCUCAAAAGGUCGAAGUGACCAAGGCAGUCGACAACAAAACGGGAGAGGUCGUCGGCUGUGUUGGCUGGGUCUUCCGGGGUUUCGAAAGGGACCCCGGUGCCGCGGGAUUCGUAGAGAAGCCCCAGGAGCCGACCAAGCCGCCUGCCAACUCCGUCUCGUCGGACUUCGUCAAGACCGAGGCCGCGGACCUCGACCCCAUCGAACAGCUGCGCGAGCUCACCGACGACCACUUCGCCAAGUUCAUGAGGAGGGUCAUGCCGCCCGGAACGCGAUGCAUGUUCAUCGCCGGCAUUCAGGUGCAUCCGGACCACCAGGGAAAGGGCAUCGGUCGUGCCCUGGUCCGCCAGGGCACCGACCGCGCGGAUGCCGAGGGCGUCUUCUGCUGGGUCCACUCGAGCGAAGCAGGGGCUGUCUUAUUUCCCAAGUGCGGGUUCGAGGUCGAUGAGACUCUUGAGAUCGACCUGGACGAGUAUGCUGGCAAGAUGGAUCUGAAGCCGCCGGCGGGUGAUGAUAAAUGGGGCACAUACACGUUCAGAUAUUUUGUGAGGCAACCUCACGCUUCUUGA